AUGGCCACUGUCGUAAUUGCCGGAGGGGGAGGUGGCAUUGGGCUCGAGAUCGUCCGCGCGAUCCUAGACACAAAGAAACACGAUUUGAUAGUUCUAUCAAGAUCGGAACAACCUUCUCUCACCACCCGAGGCGUCGAAGUCAAAAUCGUCGAUUACAAAUCCGUUGAGCAACUGCAAAAUGCCCUUGAGGGGGUACACACAGUGAUAAGUUGUAUUGCCGCCUAUGGGGACGACUCGACAGCCGCCGAGUUAUCCCUUUUAGAGGCAGCAAAGGUCGUGGGCGCGACUCGUUCUGUGCCCUCCGAAUGGAACAGUGCUUGCAAUGAUAUUGUGGACCUAUACGCCGGAAAAGAACUCGUUUGGAAGGCUGUCCAAUCCUCCGGGCUUCAGUAUACUCGAUUUGUCAACGGCCUCUGGAUGAAUGUGUGGGGACCCGGUUGUAUCAGGGAUGAAGAUGAAGCACUCGGAGCUUAUAAAGAUCGUCCCGCUUUUGCUAUCGAUUUGAAAGCAGGUACAGCAAUUAUCCCUGGCGAUAUGUCGCAAAAAAUUGUUGUCACGAGGACUCAGGAUGUUGGUCGAUUCGUGGCUGCCGCUCUGGACUUACCUACAUGGGAGGGUGAGAGCAGAAUUUCUGGUGAUAGGCUGAGUCUUGGCGAAUUUGUUCAUUUGGCAAGAGAUAUUUGCGGAAAGGAAAUUCGUACUACUCAGAUGUCGGUCGAAGAGCUUGAAGUCAUUCUAUCAGGGAGCCUGGAGGUUGGCGAAAGAUUCUACUAUCAGUCACUUUUGGCAGUCGCUCUUGGUCGGAUGAACUUUGAGCCUACGCUUAAUGAGCUUUGUUCUGAUAUACAACCUGCAUCUACUGCAGAGUUCCUCAGAAAGCAUUGGAUCAUGGAUUAG